GAAUUGUUUGGGCUUAGAAAACAAGCGAACCCUGAUGACAAUGGCGCGUGUGCGAGACACUCCGUUCCAAGGACAGUCCUUGAAAAUCGCAUUUGCUGUCGCAUAGCUUGAAUCUACCUUGAAGAUACAAAGGAUAUGGGAGAUAUUUCGGCACAACAUUCGCCGCAAAGGAGACGAAGGAAAAUUUCACAGUAUGUUCGCGAACUUUAUACUACAUUAACCAAUAUACUCGACGACCAAGAUCGAACCUUACUAAUUCAAUCACUGAAUCAAUAUCAGAGAGAUAGAAAUGUAAACAAUCUUGUUUCAACUCUAAAGUCGAUCCUCGAUACUUCAACGAAAAGAGAAGUAUAUCCGUUAUUACGGCAGGUAGUUCCACACAAUGACCAAGAGAAAUUUAAUAUACUUUGGCACAGUCACGAGCAUCCUAAGCCUCGCCAGCGUUCCAAAUCGCCCGCUCGAUCGCCGGCAAAUCUUCACAGGAUUCCUGCCUCAUCGAGUCUACCAGAUAACCUUCAUAGGCACGUAUCGGACUCGGGAAUCGAUCUGUCAAACAUGACACAGUUCAGUUCUUCACGGGAUGCUAAACAUCCCAUCAAGCGAUUGUCUAUUAAGCGACCUUCAAACUCUGGAUUUGGGUUUUAUAUUCGUGGAGGAUCUGAACAUGGCGUUGGUUUGUAUGUUUCCUCUGUGGAUACAAAUUCUGUUGCCGAAGCCGCCGGCAUGUUACCUGGAGAUCAUAUUAUUCAAGUCAAUGGCACGAAAUUUGACGGACUGACACACGCGCAAGCUGUCAAGAAUAUUCAACAUAGCAAGAAGCUUAAUCUGACAGUCCAGUCAGUUGGUCGUAUUCCUGAUAGUUUUGUUGCUGAGUCAACUUGCAAAUGGGUGGACACAAGGGGUCACAGAACCUCACCUCCACCUGGAGUUGACUCAAAUGGGCGUAUCUUAACAGCUGAUGGCAUCCAUAAAAGUGAUUUAAGACUUCUAGGAGAUGAUGAUGAACGGAAGGUGAACAUAUUUGUGGAGGAUGGUACAAAGUUGGGGUUAAUGAUUCGGGGGGGUGCUGAGUAUGGAUUAGGAAUUUUUAUAGCUGGCAUAGACCCUUACUGUAUUGCUGAACAAGCUGGACUCAAGGCUGGAGAUCAAAUCCUUGAUGUAAAUGGACAGAGUUUUCUAAACAUCACUCACAAAAAGGCGGUGAAGGUUCUAAAAUCAACCAGAAACAUGAUAAUAACUUUGAAAGACAUUGGCAGGUUACCAUUCACCAGGGUAACUCAUGACAAAACAAGAUGGAUAACACAACCUACUAAAAAUGGCCAGAUUCAACGUGUUCCUGAGGUCACUCACAUUACAGAGGUUGAGGUUCAUGCACCUUCCGGCUCUGCCCUUGAAGGCCAACCACCUCAAUCUUCUAGACGACAUACAGCACAUGGAAGAAUGACUGGUGAUGGUGACACUGAGCCUUCGAUGUUUCAUCAUGGGAUUGCAGGAUCUCAAGUCCUUUAUAGUGGGGGACUUCCAUUACAGAAGAACCUAAUAACAGAACAAGCUAGGCAAAUCCUUAGUGAUAAUGAGUUAGAAACCUUGACUUAUUACUUGGAGGAGUACUGCAAGGGUUUCAUCAACAUCAAUGCUUUUGUUCUUGCCAUGUUUGAUCUGCUUGACACUCCAGCUAAGAUGUCAUUGAUGGGGGAAAUACGAGGCUCUGUGGCACCAAGAGAUAUUGAUCGAUUUGAUGACUUAUUACUCAAGAAAGAAAUUGAAAUGAUGAAGAGUCGCCAGUUUUUUGGAAACCACAUGUCAGAUGACAGACACUCCAUUCACUCAUAUGCAAGCAGUGUGUCAAGCUUCUCUGGAAAGGGAUCAUCGUCAAGCCGCAGCUCGUUCAAAGGUUCCGUAAACGGUUCUAACUCACGUCCCAUCACCCCUCCACAAGUGCCUGAAGUUUUGCCUCCAAAUGUGAAAAUUGCCUAUGACGAAACAUCCUCAACUUACGAUGUUUAUGAGGCCACACUGACAUUCAACGAAGACCAGGAAGAGACUUUUGACGAUGGAGAGAUGGAAGGACUUCCAUCUUUACUGAACAUCAAUCCGAUGUCACUGGAUAUUCCUUUCUCUGAGAGUACUUCAUUUCCUUCUCCUGACAUUAAUUUCUCCUCACCAAUGGUGACCUCUUCGCCUACGAAUGAGAGAGAACAAGAAAUUCCAACGAGAACAAGAGGAGAAGCAACAUCCAGUGAGAAAGUGGGUGACAACACUAGAAAAGUGAAAGAAGCUAAAGAUUCCCCUCCCUAUGAAGAUAUCAAUCUUCAUCCGGAUGACUUCCCUGGGAAAAGAACAUCGAAGCCACAGGAUCACCCCAGCAGUCAUGAUUACAUAAACGCGGAUUUGCAACCCGCUGGGAAACCUCAGACACCUUCAAAUCCUUUUAUUUUUCCAAGUUCGUUCCAAGGCAACGGCACGAACACAGAGUUCAAGACAUUUGAGUGUUCGCCAUUGUGUACGUCGUCCACAAUUGAAGCGACCAUUUCAGAAUCGACGUUGCAGAAUCAUAUUAGUGACGCUAAAACCCAAGACAGCGACAAAGCGGAUAAAACACAAAGUGUUGCCGCUGAAGUACCUGAUGAUGACCUGAGACCAGAAGUGGCGAAACUCCCUGGAAGGAAGAGGUUGGCAUCCUGGGGUACACCCCCAGACGAUGAGGGUGCACCGAACGAUGAACCAAACAGAGAUACACCGGCUAACGGACACUAUACCGAUCGCCUGACAGGCUCUGGACAGACGACUUUUGGUAACAACACGGUGGUUCAAACCAAUGUGCACAAUCAGCUUUCUGAUGCCGGCAUUGAGACGUCUUCACCGAGAGAAAGUCGUCAAUGUUCUGUUUCCACGAACAGGAAGAGCUGGGACGGAGUGCGACAUCCUGGCGAGUCUGGAGAUAACCAAAAGGUGUCCAUUCUGGAGAAACCGAAGAACAGUAAGGAACGAAGUUGCAGUGAUAGCAACUUGAUGAACCUCCCUAAGGAGCAGCAGAAGGUUAUACAAGCAAAACAUAGAGCAAGUCAAGAACUCUACGAGCUUCGCCAACACACCAAAACUAAGGGCAUUACAAGCCAAAACGAGACUAUUUCAUCAGAAGUGAGCAUGUCCCCAAAGUUGAAUGGAGUUCGAGAGCCUGAGUUUGUCGUGGAAGUUGAUAAAUCAGUAGGGAGCUUGGGUCUGUCCUUGGAAGGCGGGUGCGAUGCGGAAGGUGACGUGAAGAUCAAGUCAGUCAAGGAGGGUAAUUUCGCAGCAUGGAAAUCUGGAGGGUUAAAACCGGGUCAAGUUCUUCUCCAAGUGGACGACACGCCGAUACGAGGAAUGACCAGCGGCGUGGCAGUACUCACCUUAAGAAAGGCUUAUUCGAACCCAGACUCGGCCGUACUCAAACUUCUUGUUCGAGAUAUUUAGUGCAGUCACUCACUGAUAUAAACGUUUUCUGAAUUUUUGUGUGAAUUAUUUGUUACUGUACAGCUAAGCUUAAUGAAAAAAAUCAGCAAGUGAAGCUUACAAAGACGACUUGUAUUUAUCGAAAUUUAUAAAGUGUUUUAAUGAUGCAUAACGUUUUCCAAUCGCAAAAUGUACACCCCAGUAUUGUUCACACCCUUUAACUUAAACACACCUUAGUUAAAGGAAUUCUAAUAAAUUUUAUCAAUGGC